CGCUCCACUCUCAGAACAGGACAAACACAAAACAGAGUGGUGGACUGAAAUUAGGCACAACCUCCACCCAUCUCGCUUCCUACUUCUGCUUUAUAUAUAAUAAUAUCAACUCCACUCUUUCCUACUAACCCCCACCUCCUACAAUCUUCCUCUUUGAAUUUUGGGUCAGAUGGCGGACUCCGGCACAAAGGCUUCUCAACUCAACGUCAAGCAGCAGCAGCCCACUCUGAUCACUCCUGCAGAGGAGACCCCAAAUGGUCUCUACUUCCUCUCCAACCUCGACCAGAACAUUGCCGUCAUCGUCCGCACCAUUUACUGCUUUACCUCACAGUCCAGAGGCAACCAAGAUGCUGCCCAAGUCAUUCAAGAUGCUCUUUCCAAGGUGCUUGUUCAUUACUAUCCCCUCGCUGGGCGGCUCACCAUCAGCCCCGACAGGAAGCUUAUUGUGGACUGUACGGCGGAGGGCGCUGUGUUUGUGGAGGCUGAAGCGGACUGUUCCAUUGAAGACAUUGGAGAUACAACCAAGCCUGAUCCCCACACUCUUGGCAAGCUUGUUUAUGACAUCCCUGGCGCUACCAACAUACUUCAGAUGCCUCCUCUUGUUGCACAGGUGACUAAGUUCAAAUGUGGAGGAUUCGUUGUGGGGUUGUGUCUGAAUCAUUGUAUGUUUGAUGGGAUUGCGGCAAUGGAAUUUGUGAAUUCGUGGGGUGAAACUGCGAGGGGAUUGCCUUUAGCCGUCCCACCGUUUGUAGAUAGAAGCAUUCUCAAAGCACGAGAGCCUCCUCUGGUCCAAUUUCCCCACCACGAAUUCGCUGAGAUAGAAGACAUAUCAAACACCUCCGAGCUUUAUGGAGAUCAAGAGAUGCAUUAUAGGUCCUUCUGUUUUGAGCCGGAGAAGCUGAAUAAGCUCAAACAGAAAGCGUUGGAAGAUGGGGUUUUGAAGAGGUGCACCACAUUUGAAGCGCUGUCGGGGUUUGUGUGGAGGGCAAGAACAGAGGCUCUCAGAAUGCAGCCCCAUCAACAAACAAAGCUCCUCUUCGCCGUCGACGGAAGGUCUAAAUUUCAGCCCCCAAUACCAAAAGGGUACGCUGGAAACGCCAUCGUUUUAACCAACUCACUAUGCAGCGCCGGCGAGCUUCUGGAAAACCCACUGUCGUUUGGGGUGGGGGUGGUUCAGAAGGCGGUGGAGAUGAUCACAGAUAGCUACAUGAGGUCGGCCAUCGACUACUUCGAAACCACGAGAGCGAGACCAUCUCUGGCGGCGACUUUGUUGAUCACAACUUGGUCAAGGCUGGGUUUUCAAACGACGGACUUCGGGUGGGGGGAGCCGGUGUUUUCAGGGCCGGUGGCGUUGCCGGAAAAAGAGGUAAUUCUGUUCCUGUCACAUGGGAAAGAAAGAAAGAGUAUAAAUAUUCUUUUGGGGCUUCCGGCUUCCGCCAUGGAAAUCUUCCAAAAGGCGAUGCAAAUUUGAAUGGAGAAAUGAUGUGGAAGGAUGAUUUUAUUUUUAUUUAUAUUUAUAAUUC